GAAGAACAGGUUUCAGGAAGAGACCAUGGCGUCCGGGCAGCAGUGGGUUCUGGUGGAAAUGGUUCAAGCUUUUUAUGAGGCUCCUGCGUAUCACCUGAUCCUGGAGGGGAUUCUGAUCCUGUGGAUCAUCAGGCUGCUCUUCUCAAAGACCUACAAACUUCAUGAGACGUACAAACUGACGGAGAAGGAAAAAGAGGACCUGAUUGAGGAAUGGCAGCCAGAGCCACUGGUCCCUCCAGUUUCCAAAGACCAUCCUCCCCUCAGCUAUGAUGUAGUUACAGGACCUCCGAGCCACAAAAUCAUAAUCAACGGAAAAGAGUGCAUUAACUUUGCCUCGUUCAACUUCCUGGGCCUGCUCGAUAACGAACGCAUUAAGGAAAAAGCUUUGGCGUCACUGAAAAAAUACGGUGUUGGCACAUGUGGUCCAAGAGGUUUCUAUGGGACUUUUGAUGUUCAUCUGGAACUGGAGAGUCGUCUUGCCAAGUUCAUGAAAACGGAAGAGGCAAUCAUCUAUUCGUAUGGUUUUGCAACUAUUGCCAGUGCGAUCCCUGCCUACUCCAAGAGGGGGGACAUCAUCUUUGUGGAUGAAGCAGCCUGUUUCUCUAUACAAAAAGGACUCCAGGCCUCCCGUAGCUUCAUCAAAUACUUUAAACACAAUGACAUGGAGGAUCUGGAGAGGCUGCUCAAGGAGCAGGAGCUGGAGGACCAGAAGAAUCCGCGUAAAGCUCGAGUAACGAGGAAGUUUAUUGUGGUGGAGGGACUGUACAUCAACACUGCUGACAUCUGUCCUCUCCCUGAGCUGGUGAAGCUCAAGUACAAAUACAAAGUGCGGAUUUUUCUGGAGGAGAGCAUGUCUUUUGGUGUGUUGGGAGACAAUGGCAGGGGAGUCACUGAGCACUUCGGGGUCGAUGUUGAUGAUAUUGACCUCAUCAGUGCCAACAUGGAGAACGCCGUGGCCUCCAUCGGUGGCUUCUGCUGCGGACGCUCGUUUGUCAUCGACCAUCAGCGCCUGUCAGGCCAAGGAUACUGCUUCUCUGCCUCCCUGCCUCCGAUGCUGGCCGCUGCUGCCAUUGAGGCGCUAAACAUAAUGGAGGAGGAUCCAGGUAUUUUCUUGGUCCUCAGAGAAAAGUGCGAGCAUGUUUACAAGGCUCUGCAGGGGAUUCCAGGUCUGAAAUUAGUAGGAGUCCCGUGUGGACCGGCGCUUCAUUUACAACUGGAGAGAAGUUCAGGCUCCAGAGUCUCCGACAUGCAGCUGCUCCGCUCCAUUGUAGAUUAUUGUUUGGAAAGAAAUGUGGCUCUGACUCUCGCUCGGUAUCUGGAAAAAGAAGAGAGAUUCCUACCCCCUCCCAGCAUCAGAGUGGUGGUCACCAUCAAACAGACGGAUGAAGACAUCCAGAAGUCCGUGUCUUGUAUGAAGGAGGCAGCUUCGGCUCUCCUCAAACAAUAGUGGGGGGUCUGUCGCAGCUGAAGGGGAGCAGCCAUCGUCGGAGAUUAAGCAGAAGUCCACUGUUUACAGUGAAGGAAACGUGAGGGUUACAACUCCCACCAGACCCCAAAGACUCUGAGCUCUGCACACUGAAUGUGUCACUAAAAGCUCUACUACAUCCUCUACAUAUCCAGUUUUUAUUGUUUCCCCUUUUCUUUCGGUUUGUCUUAAAGUAAUGAACUCAUACUGGAUGCGCUGAAUACUGACCAUUUUUGUGAAUGUUACGUCAGCUUUUUCUUGCCUCAGUCAUUAAUAAUGAUAAUAAUAAUUAAAAAACAUGUUUCUGGAGCACCACACCUUUCUUUCCACACAUUAAUGACUUGUUGAACUUUUUCUCCUGACCAAAGAGCCGUCUUUGUUCUUGUUAGACGUCUGCAGAUACGAGCUAUGCACUGUUUUUAAUGCCACUGAGAUUUAGCACAAUUAAGCUUUUAUUUUUAAAUAGCUUGUCUUGAUUUUGUGUUUUGUGAGAUGCCGCUGCAUUUCUGACUUGUAUUAUAUAUAAAUAAUUGAAUUAAAUGAUUGAUAUG